AUGGGCACGGUGCUCUCCCUGUCCCCCGCCGCCUCCUCGGGCAAGGGCGGCGGCGGCGGGGGGCUGCUGGCCGACAAGGCUCCGGGCAGGCUGCCGGGAAAGGGCGAGAGCCGGCUGAAGAGGCCCGGGGUGCUCAUCUCGGCGCUCACCUGGAAGCGGCUGGUGGCCGCCUCGGCCAAGAAGAAGAAGAGCACCAAGAAGGUGACGCCGAAGCCCGGCGGAGGGCCCCCUCCCGGGACCCAGCCCGACCCGCUGGUGGUGCAGCGCAACCGCGAGAACUUGCGCAAAUCGCUGGGAGGGCCGUCCGAAGGAGCCAAGCAGGGCCCGCUGGCCGUGCCGGUGCCCACCGUGCCCUCGGCGCCCCAGGAGCUGCACCCCGGCUCCGGUGGGGGAAAACCGCCGCCGCCCCCCGGUAGCCGCGCCCCGGGCUCGCCGCGCCGCGUGGUCGUGCAGGCGUCCACCGGAGAGCUGCUGCGCUGCCUGGGGGACUUCGUGUGCCGCCGCUGCUACCGCCUGAAGGAGCUGAGCCCCGGCGAGCUCAUCUCCUGGUUCCGCAGCGUGGACCGCUCUCUGCUGCUGCAGGGCUGGCAGGACCAGGGCUUCAUCACCCCGGCCAACCUGGUGUUCGUGUACCUGCUGUGCCGGGAGGCUCUGCGGGGAGAAGACAUCGGGAGCCAGGCCGAGCUGCAGGCCGCCUUCCUCACCUGCCUCUAUCUCGCCUACUCCUACAUGGGCAACGAGAUCUCCUACCCGCUGAAGCCCUUCCUGGUGGAGGGCGACAAGGGCCGCUUCUGGGAGCGCUGCCUGGGCAUCAUCCAGCGCCUGAGCGCCAAGAUGCUGCGAAUCAACGCGGACCCGCACUACUUCACGCAACUCUUCCAGGACCUCAAGAGCGAGGGCGAGGGCGGAGACGGGUCCAAGCACUGGACGAUCAGCCUGGACCGCUAGGGAGGUACCGGGCCCCCGGGGACGGAAGGGGCCGCGCACCGAGGGGCGGGGGAGGCGAAGGACUGCUGGAUCCCCCCCAACCCCAAUCUUCCUCGCCUAACCCGCUCCGCGGAGACGCUGCCUGGACCCUCCCCGCUCCGGAUCCGGCCGCUUCCCCACCCUCCCCCCUUCUGCCCUCCGGGACACCAAGACGGCGGCGAAGACCGGGGGGAGGGGGUUGGCCUUCCGC